AUGACAGCAACGAACUACAAAAAAAGUCUAAUAUGGCCGACAGAAUUUCACUUCAAGGCUGAGAAGAUCAGCCUCAAGUCUGGUAUAGUUGAGCCGUACGAAGUAUGGCACAGUUCAGAACAAAACCGCUCCCGGAUAGACUUUUAUGAGGGAACAGUAAAACGUUUUUUAUAUACCAAUCCGGAAGAAGAACAGCCAAUUGCUUAUGAGGUCUAUCCGAAGACUGAAGGUAACCUGGAUAGCAUUCUGCAUUGUAAGCGAGUACCGUGUAAUGAGGAAAUGACGAAAUUCUUACCAUCUGUUGAUGAUUUUACGUAUCAAGGUGAAAAGACAUACGAUGGUAAAUUGGUGCAGAUUUGGAAGUCUGUCGUCGAAGAAGAAAAUCAUUACAAGUACGAAAACAUCAUCUACGUGUCUAAAAACGAAGACAAUCAGUCCAUUCCUGUAAGACUUCUCAAAAAACAGUUCAUCAUUUGGAAUGCAGCUCUUGAUAGCCACAUCAUCACCGAAUUUUACAGUUUUAAUACCAAUGUGAGCUCGGAUGACCUGGACGUUGGCAAAAUUGAAAAAUGUAAGAAUGCACAGCAUUUAAGUACAAACCUAAAACAGGAUCUCGAAAAUCUCCAUCCUCAUCUUGACUCCGAUGUAAACAAAGCUUUUCAAAGCUAUAAAAAUUAUCAUGGAAGGAAUUAUAAGGACAAAGAAUCUGAAGUAAGGAAAUUAAUUUUUGAAGAUAACUGGAGACGCAUCGUACAUCACAAUCGCAAAAACCUGGGCUAUAAAUUAGAAGUUAACAAAUUUGCUGAUCGUUUUGACCAUGAACUGGUACACCUUUCCGGAACAUGGCCCUCCGACCCUAGCGAUCUUGGUACUGAGCUGUUUCCUUUCUCCGAAGAAGAACUAAAAGCUAUGAAAGAAGAACUACCAGCCAAUUAUGAUAUGAGGCAAGAUGGUAUAAUAUCGUCCAUCAAAAACCAAGGCGAUUGCGGCUCUUGCUGGGCGUUUGCAGCCACGGCUGCUAUCGAAGCGGCGAUGUCGAGAAGUAAUGGCGGGCGGAACAUCGACCUUAGUGAACAGUCCUUAGUUGACUGCUCUUGGAGCAAAGGUUCUAAAUUUGAAUCUAACCAAGGUUGCAACGGUGGAUUCCUGUACGAGACGUUUAAAUACGUGACGUUACAUGGGAUACCGACCCAGAGGGAAUAUGGACCGUACUUAGAACAGGACGGUUACUGCAAAAUGAAGAAUAUGACAAAUAUCUAUAACAUCAAAGGCUUUGCUAAGGUGCCGUCGCUCAGUGAGACCGCACUGAAGGCGGCACUCUACAAGUUCGGCCCCGUCAGUGUUGUCAUCAAUUCCGACACGUCAAUGCUGUAUUACUCUAGUGGAAUUUAUUAUGAACCUAAGUGCAACAAGAAAAGUACCAACCACGCGGUGACGGUGGUCGGUUACGGCGUCCGCGACGGCGCGAACUACUGGAUCGUGAAGAACUCCUGGGGCGAGGACUGGGGUGAAGACGGCUACAUCCUCAUAACCUAUCGACCAUUGACCCUUUUCAACAUGAAAUAUUUGAUCGUCUUGUUACAUUCAAUUCUCAGUUGCUGUUCUUCCAUUAUAGACAGCUACGCGAUAGAAGAGAGUCUAAUAUGGCCGACUGAAUUUCACUUCAAGGCUGAGAAGAUCAGCCUCAUGCACGAUAUCGUUGAGACGUACGAAGUAUGGCACAGUUCAGAACAAAACCGCUCCCGGAUAGACUUCUAUGAGGGAACAGUAAAACGUUUUAUAUAUGGCGACCCGGAAGAAGAGAUUCCAAUUGCUUAUGACAUCUAUCCGAAGACUGAAGAUAACCUAGAUAGCAUUUUGCAUUGUAAGCAAGAAUGGGCAGAAAAAUCAAUGACGAAAUUCUUACCAUCUGUUGAAGAUUUUACUUAUCAAGGGGAAAAGACAUAUGAUGGUAAAUUGGUGCAGAUUUGGAAGUCAGUCAUAGAGGAACAAAAAAUUCACAGGAUCAUAAACAUUAUCUACGUGUACAAAAAUGAAGAUAAUCAGUCCAUUCCUGUCAGAUUCCUCAAAAAGCGGUUCAAUAUUUUGAAUGCAGCUCUUGACCGCCAUUACGUCACCAACUUUUACAGUUUUAGCACCAAUGUGAGUUCGGAUGACCUAGACGUUGGCAAAAUUAAAGAAUGUGAAGAUGCACAACCAUUAGGUACCAACCUAAAAAGGGAUCUAGAAAACCUCCAUCCUCAUCUUGAUUCCGAUGUAAACAGAGCUUUCCAAAGAUAUAAAAAUUAUCAUGGAAAGAAUUAUCAGGAGAAAGAAUAUGAACUAAGAAAAUUAAUCUUUGAAGAUAAUUGGAGACGCAUCGUACAUCACAAUCGCAAAAACCUGGGCUAUAAAUUAGAAGUUAACAAAUUUGCUGAUCGUUUUGACCAUGAACUGGUACACCUUUCCGGAACAUGGCCCUCCGACCCUAGCGAUCUUGGUACUGAGCUGUUUCCUUUCUCCGAAGAAGAACUAAAAGCUAUGAAAGAAGAACUACCAAACAAUUAUGAUAUGAGACAAGAUGGUAUAAUAUCGUCUAUCAAAUUUCAAGGAGGUUGCGGGUCUUGCUGGGCGUUUGCAGCCACGGCUGCUAUCGAAGCGGCUAUAUCAAGAAGUAAUGGCGGGCGGAAUAUCGACCUUAGUGAACAGUCCUUAGUUGACUGCUCUUGGAGCAAACAAAUUAAUAUUAAUAAAAAAUCUAACCACGGCUGCGACGGUGGUUUCCUGCACAAGACGUUUCAGUAUGUAACGUUGCACGGCAUACCAACGCAGAGGGAGUACGGACCAUACUUAGCACAGGACGGUUACUGCAAAAUGAAGAAUAUGACAAAUAUCUAUAACAUCAAAGGCUUUGCUAAGGUGCCGUCGCUCAGUGAGACCGCACUGAAGGCGGCACUCUACAAGUUCGGCCCCGUCAGUGUUGUCAUCAACUCCGACUCGACAAUGCUGUAUUACUCCAGUGGAAUUUAUUAUGAACCUGAUUGCAACAAGUACGCCAUUAACCACGCGGUCACAGUGGUAGGAUACGGCAUCCGCGACGGUACGAACUACUGGAUCGUGAAGAACUCCUGGGGCGAGGACUGGGGCGAGGACGGCUACAUCCUCAUGUCCACUGCGAACAACAAUUGCUUCCUCAUGAGUGACGGCUAUUACCCAAUCGUUUAG